AUGCCAGAACACUGUUCAGCAUAUUCCUGCUCCAAUCGACGGACCGUCGAAAACAGGGCUCGGGGGAUUACUUUUCACAAGUUUCCCAAAGACAAUGUUUUGAGGAAGAAGCGGGAAGUGUCUUUGAGGAGGGAAGGAUUCACUGCAAGUGAUUCCUCCGUGCUCUGCUGUGAGCAUUUUAAGCAGAGCGAUUUUGAUAGGACAGGUCAGAUUGUCCGACUCAGACAUGUAGUUAUUCCAUCCAUCUUCAGCUUCCCGGUUCACCUCCAAAGACCGGAAAGGGAAAGGACUUCGUCUACCUCCAGAAGAGCUGAAGAGAGCCUGUCCGUGGCCUCUCAGGAUGCCCCAGAACCUGCAGCCUCACACCCACAACCUCAGCCUAAUGAUGAUCAUGCCUAUGCCUUUCCUGCUUCUUCUACUGCUCUGAAGACCAGACUUAAUGAAGCCUUGGCAAGAGUGGAAAGUCUGGAGCGAGAGAAGAAGAAUACCAUGGCCAGAGAAAAGAGGGCAAAGACCACAGUGAAAAGUCUUUUGGGGGAUUUGAGAGAAAAGAACCUCAUUAAUGAAGAGCUCAACGAGAGGCUUGAAUUCUACUCAGAUCUUCAAGUAGACUUCAUGGCAAAACACGGCCCCGAGUCUCAACUGCCCAGCGCCCAUGAGUGUCAGCUGCCCAGCAUCCCAGAGUGUCAGCUGCCCAGCCCCUUCCUGCUCCAGAGUGGUCGGCCAGUUCCUGAUGACGUCCAGCGUGUUCCUGAGCAGUCGGCCGCCUUUGCCGACAUCAAGUCUGUUCCCAAGCAGUCGGCUGCCUUUGCCAACAUACAGUCUGUUCCUGAGCAGUCAGCCACCUUUGCUGAUGUCCAGUCUGUUCCCCGAGCAGUCUGA